GUGCUGCUGGUGUCGGUUUACUUGGUGGUUUCCUUGCAACGGAAGCCAAAACAGAAACCGUGUAUGUUGAUGAUUGUGGAAACGAGGAAGUUAUAGAAACAAAAACGGGUUUGUUUGGUACUAAAACUGAGAUGUACAGACGUGACUACGACGACUAG